UUGACGAACGAAGGGCAUAUAGCUGUUUGUGAAACUCACAUGGUAUUUAUUUAAAAAGACUAGGAUAGGACGGAGUUUACAAUAGAUCAGCGGAAUGGGUUCAUAAACGACCUGCUUAUAUUGCUAUCCCUAGUUUGUGACGAUGCACAGAAAGAGGAAGAAGGUAACACGUUGUGUAACUUCGUGUUGUUGAGAACUGACCUUGCGUUGCACAGCUACAGCAACGAAGAGGUGUACCGUACGGCACUGGCAUUUGGUAUAUAUCUCAGCAGUAUUACAGGAAAACUGUCUUUGGAAAACGGAAUUGUGGAGGACAUGGAUCUCUGUACAUCCUGAACUAUUGCAGCAAUGACUACUGAGGCAUCCGUUUCAGCCACAGCCCAGUCUGGGCUGCCCAGCCCGGCUCGGACAGACUAUUACUGGAUCCGCUCCUUCAUUUCAGGAGGUGUAGCAGGAUGCUGUGCCAAAACAACCAUCGCGCCUCUUGACAGAGUGAAAAUUUUAUUACAAGCUCAGAACCCUCACUAUAAACAUCUAGGAGUAUUUGAGACGCUUUGUGCUGUGCCAAAGAAAGAGGGGUUCCUUGGCUUAUACAAAGGAAAUGGAGCUAUGAUGGUCAGAAUAUUUCCUUAUGGAGCCAUUCAGUUCAUGGCCUUUGACCAUUACAAACAGUUUCUGAGAAAAAAGUUAGGCAUCUCAGGACACGUUCAUCGGUUAAUGGCGGGAUCUCUGGCAGGCAUGACAGCAGUUAUUUGCACUUACCCACUGGAUGUCGUCCGAGCCCGACUUGCCUUUCAGGUAAAGGGGGAGCACAGGUACACUGGAAUCGCCCACGCUUUCCAGACCAUCUACAAACAGGAAGGGGGUGUCUUAGGGUUUUACAGAGGUCUAACACCUACUAUUAUAGGCAUGGCCCCUUACGCAGGCUUCUCCUUUUUCACCUUUGGCACGCUGAAAAGCUUGGGACUCAUCCAUGCUCCAGAGCUCUUGGGAAAACCAUCCUUGGACAACCCCGAUGUCUUGGUUUUGAAAACGCACGUGAACCUUCUCUGUGGGGGGAUAGCCGGAGCCAUAGCACAGACAAUCUCGUAUCCCCUGGAUGUGGUUCGCCGUAGGAUGCAGUUGGGAAUAGUCCUCCCUGAUUCUGACAAAUGUCUUACUUUGACCAACACCCUAAAGCACGUGUACAAACAAUAUGGAAUUAAAAGAGGACUGUACCGUGGCCUGUCACUGAACUACAUUCGCUGUGUGCCCUCUCAGGCAGUGGCCUUCACCACGUAUGAGCUCAUGAAACAAAUACUGCACCUCAACUGAGCACUGGCUCUUACAAACAUGGAGAAAACAUGUACUAAUUUCUUUCAACAAAGCAGAACAACUGUUCUUACACUAUCGAAUGCAGCUUUAGAACCACUGGGUACCAGGCACACCUGCCCUGUUUUGAAGAGCACAGCUGGACUUACACUGUAGGUAACUGAUAAGUUUUUGCAGAUGUGGGAUUUUACUUCAACCUUUUUCCCUUCCCUAUUUAUUUUUGUAUAAGCAAGAAACACCAUUCAAAGUGGAAACAAAGUCAAAACUGGCAUAUGCAAUCAAUGAUAAAAAAAUCUGGUAUUAGUAAAGUUUCAGUGUUCCAAUUUAUUUAUUUUUUCAUCUCCAAAUGUAAUAAUGUUUUACACCAACAGACCCAACACUGGAUUCAUUGCCUGUUAAUGUCUUUUACUUCUGUGUAAGACUUAUUUAAUGGGACACUGUUUUAGUGCCUUCUGUGGUCACUCCUUUAAAACCUCGUUUAUUUUCCCAUUUGUUUAUAUCUUUUGUGCUACAGCUGAUAUGUCUUUCAGAAACAAACUACAGACACUUGAAACAGGAGCAGUGGUCUCAAUCAUUAAUUGACAGAAAAUACAGACUGAUGUCUGACUACUUUUAGAUUAGUAAGAUUACUUGCCUUUGCAAAACCUGAGCAAAGUAACAGUUAACUGUUUACAUAGAUAUUUCAUGUGAAUUGCCAUGACUUUGUAACUGUAAUUAAUAUUUUAUUUACACAUAAAAGCUAUACAUAUUUUGUCCUUUCAGUCACAUUAAGCCCAGAUAGCCUUACUUGUCUGAGUAAUAUUUGUAUUGUUAAAUGAAACAUUGAUUUCUGUCCUUCCUCAAGAAUUCUGUGCUUAAAUCAAGGCAUGGAAAACAUUAAUACCCCAGACCAAAGACACCUUCAAAAACUGUAAGUUAAUAAAUUAAUGUAAAUCGGAAGGUGUCAGCACCGUUUGGCUAUAGUCUUAUACAGCAUAAUCAGUUUUUCAAAGUUUGAAGAUAUUACAUUGUCCUGUACGGAAAGGUUUAUAGAAUAUAUUUCCAUAGAACAGUUCUGUCUUUUCCAUACUAUGACGAACAACAUUCUAACGAACAAUACAAAGUGCUUAAGGAUAGCUAUAGGCUCAGGAUUCAAUUACAGGUGUCAUCACAAUGAUAUUGUACUGUUAUAUAGUGAGCUUCAAAUUAACUUUUAUUGAGUGAUUUAUCAAUUUAAUGUUGGUGAAAAGUGACUAGUAUACUAUGGAAAUUAGUAAAUAAAAUAAAUUAAACUAAAAACAAUCACAUAUUACAAAUAAGUAAAUAAAUAAAUUAAACUAAAAACAAUCACAUAUUACAGUUUAAGUAUUUUAUGAUCAGCAUUUUCUUGUUAGAGGCUUGCUUCAGCUGAGUGAACACAACACUUUUCACAGAUUUUUUUUAUCUGUAAUGGAGAAGUCACUGUUUUUACCUUAGGAUGAUAUUCUUGUUGCCCACUAGAGGACAGUAUUGGUAUUUCUUUGCACUAUUUUCCAAAUCAUGAGGUGUAAGAGUAGCGGUUAAAUAUAGAUUUUAUUGCAGUCCUUGAUUAUUCUUCUUUUCUAAAGGAGCAUAUUGAUUUUGAAGACAUUCUUUGUCUUUUUUUAAAUGCAAUAUGAGCUUAGUUGUAUCUGUAACCACAGUAGCAAAACUCCACUUGUUUUCUAAUGUUCAAUCAAAGCAUGUUCACAUAAUUGAGUAUCCUUUACAGCUUAUGACUUUCUCAAAUGAAAUACUUAUCUCUGUUCUCUGUUAUGAAACAAUACUAUUUAGAUGUGUUCCUUUCUGACCUAUGUCACAAAUUUGAUGUAUGUACAGUAUGUGUGAACCACUAUGUACUGGUGUUUUCUGAAAAGAAAAUGGCAUUACUAUAUCAGGCUUUUGGAUUGUGUGAAAACAGGAGUGUAUAUAUUUGUAGUGUGGUAUGUUAUACAUUAAAUAUUGUAACAUUAUUUCCAAAAACAUGACUGGCCUCAGAAGUGGCUUCUCCAUUAAAGACACUCCUCCCCAGUGCUUGUUGCGCUCUAGAAUGUUCUAGGCAGGCUUGUGUCACUAUCCAAAAGUGACCAGCCUUCCUUAAGUGCUGGUGGGCAACUGGCCAAGUGCCACUGAGGGUCUUGUGGGAUCAAUCUGGCCAGGAUUCACUCAAGUGGCCUGCUAUGGUGAAUGCAGUAGGGAGCCAGCUUUUGUCUUCAUGGUGUCUAACUAGCUGGAACAUGGCUGAGGCCAUUGUCAAAAACAGGGUGGGAGACGAUCAGUCUUCCUAACACAUACUAGGCCAUUGGCACCUGGCACCAUCUCUGAUAUUUUAUACCAUCUCAUACUGGACGAGUUUCUCCGCCAAGUCAUUGCUGAACCUCUGUUACUGGGCUGCGGUGCCACGACCAGCAAGUUGGACAGCUCUGCCUACACUUCCUCAUUCCCCGUGUGCGGUUGUGGGGUUUGUGCCUGAAAGCCGAUGUGAGAUGUGAAAAGCGCACAAUUGGCUACUCCAAAUCGAAUGGGUUUCUCUAAAAUAAUUAAUUUAUUAUUUAAUUUAGCAAUUAUGAUUAAAAAAACAACUGUUGUAAGGUCUAGGAAUCUCUUCUGUGAAUCGCUUUCAUCUGUCCAAGCAGUCCAGACAUGAUUGUAUUUAAAUGUGACAUUGAAUAAAAAGCUUUGAUCAA